GGGUGCGCUGGAUGGAUCGGCGUCUGCAGCACGCAGAAAGAACAGGGACAAUGACCUUUUUCCUCCCAGUGUGGAUGGAUUGAUUGAUCUCUGGAACAUCGAAAGUGCGACUCGCUUCUUCGAAGAACGAUAGAUUCCAAAGCACAGCCGGAUAAUUUACCCACCUCUGCAUUGAUUGAACACUGAAUUUCCUUUCUAUAUCAACUUUUAUAGGGCGUUUCGUUUUGCUUUUGCCUAUCCCAAAAUAACGCGCUACAUCAUAUUUUCGGACGUUUGUUUUACAGUAGACUUUCAGAUUGUAUUCCCUGUCCAGACAGAAUCGCAUUAGAUAUUUCCGCCCCGUUAUGUGAUAUCUGACCGGACGGAUGUUCGCCUCUGUAUCGGUGUGAUCGGCGAUGUGGUCAUGGCAGGUUUUGGAGCCCAGAAGUGUCCGAAGAGUGAUAAGUUGGACGAGGCGCAGGCACUGGCCCGCAGCUGCGCGGGGAGACCGGACUUCUUGCCGUGCGAUGGGCUGUUAAUAUGCGCCACGCACAGCCACGGAAAGUGCUUCAAGUUGCACUGGUGCUGCCACUUGGGCUGGUGCCACUGUAAAUAUGUUUACCAGCCCAUGACCAGUGUGUGCCAGCUGCCGAGCACGGCGGUACCCUCUGACCCUUCUGAGUCCCCACCCACCAUGAACCUGUCUGUCUCCCUCACCGAACGCUUCCUGAAGAUCGCCCCCUGCUUCCAGUCCCCGCCGUUCCUUCAGUCGCCCAAAUACUGUGUCAUAGCAGACCUCUUCAUCGACGACUACAUCGUCAAACGCAUCAACGGGAAGAUGUGUUAUGUUCAACGUUCUCCUCCUCCCAUCUCUGAUCCUCCUGCUGCUGCACCUCCUCCUGCACCUCUUCCUGCUGCUGCACCUCCUCCUGCUGCUGCACCUCCUCCUGCUGCUGCACCUCCUCCUGCUGCGGCACCUCCUCCUGCUGCUGCACCUCCUCCUGCUCAUUACUACGGCACCCCAGUAGACCAGAGGGAGCACCACCACCACAGCCCUGUAGACAAGCUGAAAGGCCCCAAGAUGGACCACUGCUCCUCUCCAUCCAGCUCCGAGGACUCUGGGAUCAACGCGCUAGGUCGGCACUACCUGGAAUCCUGUGAGUCAGAGUCAGAGGAUCAGAACGAAGUGUUGAGCGCCGAUGGAGAUGGAAAAUCUAGCCUCUGUAGUCUCUGGGACCAGGAUGAGACCUCUCUGUUGUCUCCCUCUAAGUCCAUGUUGGAGAUCAUAGAGAAGAUUGAGACCACUGUGUGACAGACAGAGACAAACACUUCACUGAGCACACCAGAGAGAUACAACUAUAUUCUACUAUAUAUAUGGAGCACACAGCAUUCCUGGGAGCAUUUGAAAAACAGCUCCACAUUUCUUGAGUUGGAUUUAAGUUGGAUUUAAGGGACCUACAGUCCACCUAGUGGAGUUGACUUUGUUGUGGUCAGAUAUACAUUAGGUAACCCCACAUGAUAAUGACCCUAUGUGUUUUCUCAGAGACGGUCAAGGAUCCCAGGUAUGGAUGGUCUCUGGUUUAUCCACCCCACUAUAUCUCUCCAGAACCCCUGCAUGGUUUGUUAGAUAGAUGGAACUGUCUACUGUAGCAAAGAUUUGACUAGAAAUACAGAGGAAAACAUGUUCUUUAACACUCACAGCAGCUGACCAAAUAUACGACUUAUUAGUCCAUCAACAGCCAAUCACAGCCUUUAUCAGCCCCUUAAAUACCAACUACCAAGCCUUGCGCCAACAACUCCUGCCUGCUUCUAAAAAUAGAAUCACAGUUGAAAUUUUCAGAGAGAACUUUGAAGUUGUUUGACAAUCAAGAAAGCACAUUCCUUCCUCUACCUGCUGUGAAGACCCAACUACUCAACUCCUAUCAGCCAAUGAUACAGUGUGGAAAUACCAAAUCACAUGUUUACCAGAGCAAAGCAUGGUAACCUAAGAGGAAAGAGGACCAGUGAUUCCCACAGCUACUAUGUACUGUAUUACCUUGACCGGAAGCAGUGAAGUUACUGUCUCCUUUCCUCUUGAGGUGGUCGUUCACACCAGAGCAACUGCUCAGAAUAAAAGCACAGCACAUACUGUACUGUAUCCUUUACCAUACCGUACUGUUCAGUACUACCCAUUACUGUACUGUAUAUAUUACCAUUCAGUACUA